AUGGUGGGCAAGCACAGGCUACAAUACAGUUGGUCAUGGAAGAAAUGCGUCAGCUGCGAGAAAAGCAGCGUACUACAGACAGAUAACAAGAUGCAUGAACUUGUGAAGGAAAACGAACAGUUAUGGGAGCAGGUGACUUUAUUACGUGCACAACACAAUCGUCAACAGCAGGUGGUGACAAAGCUGGUGCAGUUCCUUGUUGCAAUGAUGCAGCCGAAUUCAACGGUGGCGAAGCGUGUCAUGAAGAGAGGAGUGUUGGCAAUUGACGAGCCACCCCAAAAGCGUAUGAGAAUGAACCAAAACCUAAAUUCGAACAACACGUCUAAUCUGACCGACAUUCUUGAUCGGCUUCAAAGAGAAAUGCUGGAUAUUGGUGGUAUUCGUGGUGUUGCUGCUGCUGCCAGUCGCGCUGAUGGCCCAAUAAUUGCUGAUGUGACGGACGAAUGGGUCCCAGGUUCUUCUUCUGGUAGCCCUCAGGGACAGGCACAAAGAAAUAAGCAACCGUUUGGCAGCAACGCAUACAAUAUGUCUUCGAAUAUGCAAAUGGCUCCAUCAACAUCUACCAACAAUUCUUCCACAUCUGUCGGUUUGAACACUCCGAGAAGGGCCCAAAAUGGCGAAACUCCGGCCGCUAUUUCUGGAGCGGCACAG